AAAACCUUAAUAAACGGAGUUGUAAAUCUCGACAAUUUGUAAGUUGUGUGGUGAGGAUGAGGAAGCCGUUGAGCAUGCUUUUCGACAUUGUCCAACUGUACAAGAGGUAUGGUGGGCUGCAAGUCCACAAUUGGGUUUGUUGACAUAAAAAAUUGGGACCUGGAUCAAGGCAAACAUGGAAGGGAGGAACGACGCAGGUUGCGGUCGGUUCAUAACUAUGCUUUGAAGUUAUGGAAGAGGAGGAAUGGUACAAUCUGGAAGAAUGAAAGCUUGGGAAGUGUAGCAGUGAUUCAAAGUGCAGACAGAAUGCUGAAAUCCUGGGAAGAUUCCCAAAUAUUUAAGUCGGAUAUAAAUCACGGGAAGUUUACUCAUCUGAUCAGCUGGAGGAAGCCUAAAGCAGGCUUUAUAAAGGUGAAUAUAGAUGCGCACUUAAUGAGGCAAGUGGUAUUGGGGUGUAGAGUUGGGUUGCCCAUACUGAUCAGGGACAGUUUAUAAAAGCUUUCAUUGCGUCCAAACAUGGUGAUUGGAGUCCACUUGAAGUCGAGACUAUGGGAGUUCGAGAUGCUGUCAGUGCCGCUAUUCGGGAAGGCUAGGAAAGGGUUGAGUUCGAGUCAGAUCCGUUAACGGUGGUGCAAGAAGUACGAAGGUGAAAAGGUUCUCUUAUUUUGAUGUGUUACUUGAGGAUACACGAGGUCUAUUGAGAACAAAUAGUGGUUUUAGUCUCUCUUUUGUAAGCGGACUGCGAACCAAGUUGCCCAUGUAUUAGCUAGGCAAGGUGUGUUACUACCCGGCCAGGAUGUGAUUCCCGAUUGUCAGUCACAUGGCUGCUGAUUUGAUUAAUUAAUGAUAUGAUCCCUUUUGCCAAAAAAAAAUCAU